UGGCUGGUUUGGGAAGAAGUGUCUUGACAUUCCAUUCCAGCUCCGCAAAACCAAAACCCUUUUCACCCUUCAAUUCUUCUUAUUCAAAAACUCAAACAUUUUUUCUACAUUUUUUUUUUCUCUUCUUUGUACAGUUUACGUUUCAUUCUUACCCAAAGAAUUGGAAUUUUAACGAUCCCGAGGGUAUAUAAUUAUACCCUUUCAUUGUUUUGGCCCCCAUUGUUAUAAGUGAUUCUGGUUCCUAAGGAAUCAAAUAUGGGAGUUAACGAUGAAAGGGGAGUAAAUGUAAUGAAUAGGUUUGGUUACACUUUACCCUUUAAUGGAACAUCAAGUCCAAAGAGUUCCUUGAGUGAAGAAAGACGCCAAAGUAUUGGUCCAACUUUUCAUGUUGAGAGGGUGGUUGAAAGUCCCGUAAUUCAACGGCUUCAUGGAAAUGCUUGUGACAUGCAGAGCUCUGAUCAAUCAUCCUCAAGGCGAAUUUUUGGAUACGAUGGCAGUGAGUCCAGAUCCUAUUCAUCAAAAUUGUUCUCUCUAUUUGGAGGGCAGAAGAGAGAGGAGGAGAUAGUGAAAGAUGAAGUGGAGAAAAAGAAACAAGGGAAUUCUAGCAGGGAAAUUCCUUCCACAAUGAGUGAUAAGAAGCUAGAUAAGGUGGGUGAGACUCAGACAAGAACUUUAAGCUGUGUUGUUUCACAAAAACCAAAGAAAGUGUCACAAUUGUUCCCAGAAAAUCCAUCAAAGGCAAGAUCACCAAUAGCAAAAAGCCCUACUGCAAAACCUCCUAUUGAUAGGAAAAAUGACAGCCCUAUGAAAAAACAGAACGCAGCUGUUCACCGUGUGAAGAAAACUGUUGGUGGAAGAUCACUGUCUUCAGGUCAAAUUGAGAUUUCCUCUGGGACAGCAUUGGAUAAGCCUGAACUGGGACAAGCUUUGCUAAACCAAGCAAGGGACGUAAUUUCAUCUGGAACUAAUCGAACGAGAGCUCUUGAAUUAGCCCUUCAAGCAAAGAAACUGUUUGAGAGAAAUGCUGCUUAUGGGAGACCAAAUUUGGACCUGGCCAUGUGUUUACAUGUUACUGCAGUGAUACAUUGCACUCUGGGCAAUUUCAAUGAAGCAAUUCCGCUAGUAGAGCGCUCAAUCGAGAUUCCUGCUAUUGAAGAAGGCCAACAGCACGCCAUUGCUAAAUUCGCAGGCCACAUGCAUCUGGGAGACAUUUAUGCUAUGUCGGGGCAGCUGGAGAAGUCAAUCAAGUGCUACAUGGAAGGGUUAGAAUUACAGAAGAAGGUUUUGGGAGAAACAGACGCAAGAGUUGGCGAAACAUGUAGGUAUGUGGCUGAGGCUAACUUUCAUGCAUUGCAAUUUGAGGAGGCGGAGAGGAUGUGCCAAACAGCCCUUGAUAUCCACAGAGCAAAUGGUUCACCCUCAUCUCUUGAAGAGGCUGCUGAUAGGAGGUUGAUGGGGCUUAUAUGCGAAGCAGAUGGUAAACACGAAGCAGCCCUGGAGCAUCUUGUGUUGGCCAGCAUGGCAAUGGUGGCAAAUGGGCAAGAAGUGGAAGUGGCGUUUGUUGACUGCAACAUUGGAGACACGUACUUAUCCUUGGCUAGAUAUGAUGAAGCCAUCUUUGGAUAUCAGAGAGCAUUGAGGGUUUUCAAGAUCCACAAAGGUGAGAACCACCCUGCUGUGGGAUCAGUUUAUGUGCGUCUGGCUGACUUGUAUAGCAGAACAUGGAAGAUUAAGGAGUCAAAAUUAUACUGUGAGGAGGCACUUAAAAUCUAUGAGAAUCCCAUGCCUGGGGUCCCUCCAGAGGAAACUGCAAACGGUUUUAUGAAUGUCUCAGCCAUCUACGAGUCGAUAAAUGAGCUAGAAGAGGCACUUAAAUUGCUUCACAAGGCACUAACCAUACUUAAUGAUGUCUCUGGUCAGAUAAACACCAUAGCAGGAAUUGAAGCUCAGAUGGGGGUGAUGUACUUUGUGUUGAAGAACUACACUGAAUCUUAUAACUGUCUCAAGAAUGCCGUGUCCAAGCUUCGUGCUAGUGGAGGAAAGAAAUCAGCUUUCUUUGGUACUGUUCUUAAUCAAAUGGGACUUGCUUGUGUUCAACUCCAUUCCCUGGAUGAGGCUGCAGCAUUAUUUGAAGAAGCAAGGGCCAUUUUGGAACAAGAGAAUGGACCCUAUCACACUGAAACACUUGGAGUAUGUGGCAAUCUUGCUGGAACAUAUGAUGCAACUGGAAGGCUGGAUGAGGCAAUUGAAAUUCUUGAAAACAUUGUGGUAAUGAGGGAGGAAAAGCUUGGGACUGCAAAUCCUGAUGUUGCUGAUGAGAAGAGAAGGUUGGAGGAGUUGUUGAAGGAAACAGGGAAAGUUCGGAACAGAAAAACUAAGUCACUGGAGAACCUUUUUGAUCAUGAUUAUAUAUGACUAUAGCUAGAUAGGUGUGGUGUGAAAAGGUCCAUGUUUUACGGGAAUUCUAGAAAUGGAACAAUGGUAGUUUUUGUGGGUAAAAUCAAAUCCAAUGAAUAAUCAAGAGUCUAAAUGCUGAAUAUUUGUCCAAACCUCUACUAAUAAUUUGUAGAUACCAUGUAACUAUUUACCUUAUUUGGAUGGAUAUGCAUUGUUUUUUG